GCAAGGCGAGCAGGAUCCCCCCCAGCUCCCCCAGAAACGUGCCUCCCCCACGCCCAGGCUCUGCUCUGAGACGGCACCUCCCAUCCCCGCUCCACUGCGGCACACGAGACCCUCCUAUUUAUAGUGCUCUGGUGGCCCUGAGCUCGGCAUGCUGCCGGUCGCGUAAAUAACAUUCCCUGACAGACUGCGAAAGUCACACAGCCACGGAGAAGAGCACGGAUCAGGCAGGAAAAGGACGGAGAAAGAGACGGGAGAGAGCGAGAGAGAGAGAGAGAGAGAGAGAGAGAGAGAGAGAGAGAAGGAGAGAGAGAGAGCUCCUGGAUCGCCCAAGUACUGCAACCAGGACAAUACGGACACUGCCACAGCGUGAUUCUGGUUUCUUCGGGCUAGAACCUCAGGCAUAGCACUGCACCAUCGACAGGAUUGGCCAGCUUGUGUGUUCUAGUGGCCUUCGUCCACCCAGCACCGUCCACAGCGAUACAGUGCGACGACCCCAUUCCUGGAUCAGCACUGCACUGCAGGAUCUUAAAGGAACUCGGAAUGGGCCUUGAAAUCAAUCUUUUCUGGCGUGCUUAAGCACAGGCACGUAGGAACACUGACGUACCGCGCCGUUUGCUGGAUUCCGCAGGAGAAACAGCAUCUGUAAUUCGAGCCUCAGACAUACUGUCUUAAUUACAAAGAAACGCACCAGGGAGUCGUGGCUUGGAUUUGUAAUUAGACCCGUCUAUAUAAAGAGCAGGUGGGGUUCUGGGAGGGGUCCUGUGAUACCCGUUUGGGAGAAUAAGCCCAGGAUUUGCCAAGGGAGGGGGUAGAGCCGCCGUAGCAGUGAGAGAUUCCUGGUCAUGGAUUCCCAAGGAGAACAGUACCUGAACAAAUCGGCAGUGCUGUCGCCGCUGGGCAUCGCGCGGAUGAUCCAGAUCGGCCUGGGAUGCACCACCAUGAGUCUGGUAGCACACCAGGCAGGAUUCAGCGCCAGCUACGGGACGUUCUGCAUGUUCGUGUGGUGCUUCUGCUUCGCUGUAUCCCUGGUGAUCUUCACGAUGGAUGUCACGCGGCUGCAUGGCUGCAUGCCCAUCUCCUGGGACAACUUCACGGUGGCCUUCGCCAUGCUGGCCACACUCAUGUACAUCACCGCCUCCGUGAUCUACCCCGUGUACUUCCUGCAGGCUGUCUGUACUGAACUCCGCUGUGAGGAGCGCAACUAUCGGAUCGCUGUCACCGUCUGCUCCAGUAUCUGCUCCUUCGCCUAUGCCGCCGAGGUCCUGCUCACUCGAGCCAAGCCGGGCCAUGUGGUGGGAUACAUGUCCACCGUGUCUGGCCUGCUCAAGGUCGCCCAAGGUUUCGUGGCCUGCAUCAUCUUCGGGGCCCUGGCCAAUGAUGGCGGGUUUAACCGCUAUGUUGCCACCCAAUAUUGCGUGGCAAUCUACAGCCUGUGUUUCUCCGUGACGGUGGUGGUGGUGGUCCUGACCGUCUCCGGGAAAACCUCAUGGGUGCGAUUUUCCUUCGACCGCUUUGUGAUCAUCUACACCUUCUUCGCCGUGCUGCUCUACAUUAGUGUUGCCGUGAUCUGGCCCAUCUUCUGCUUCGACCUGAGGUACGGGUACCCCAGGCGGCCCCCGGAAUGCCUACGAGGAAAAUGCCAGUGGGACAGCAGGGUGGUGGUGGCCGUCUUCACCUACGUUAACUUGAUCUUCUACUUGAUCGACUUGGUCUAUUCCCAGAGGAUCCGCUUCAUCUCUCAGGCACCGGCCUGAGGAUGAACGUCAAGGGGGGUGAGGGGGUGAGUGGGGGGCAAAUGCAUCACAUGACACAGACUCAUAAGUUCUGAACUCCAGGUCCACCAUCCUAUAGGAAAGUCCAGUGACAGCUUUGGCUGCAUCACUGGGUGACUUAGCGGUCUGCAAAUAUCAAAUUAAUAGCUUUUAAUUAGGAAGAGCUACAAGCCUAAAUAUGUAGCCUUACCUCCUGUUCCACUCCCCCAUCUCUAGUUCCCCCAGUCAGCCCACUUUGUUAAAUAAAGUAUCACAGUCCUUGGGAUGAGGGACUGUGCUCAGAGUAUCUUAUACAGCACUGUGCAAAAAUUUUAGGGAGUCAAUGAAAAUGGUGUUUAAAUGAUCUUUAUGUUGGUGUAAAACUAUUAUGAUACCUCUGUCCGACUUAGUCACUGCUAACCCUCUCCUAAAGUCACCCCAGUAUUUGCAGCGACCAUCCCACACACCCAUGUAUUUUUUGAGUCUACCACUAGCACACCUCAUAUGUCUAAUCAAUAUCUCAUUCAGUGAUUUAAAUUAAUUUAUUAAUUAAUUCAGCUGGUGAUGAAAUUUAACAAAUACAUGGAAUGACUGAGGUGCCCCUAAGGAGAGGUUUGGGAACCGAAGCAGUGUUCAUCUAGCUGUCCAGCAAGAUAUCAGUAACCUUUUGGAGAAUUCUAGUGAGUUUUUAAUGUGUUACUCUUAACUUUUAUAUAUUAGAAUGUUAGAUAAUGUCUUUUGUACUAAGCAAAUAUAUACUUGCUACCCAGAUAAAUAGCUUUAAAUAUCUCCUUUGACUGCCUAAGACUUUGGCACAGUAUUGUACCUGGUCCGUUGGAGGAAUGACAGAAUUAAGGAGUUAGAGUCUGACCCAUUCCAUCUACAGUGUACAAUGCCCCCCCCAGCACCACCUCACACCCCUGAAUCCUGAAUAUGGAACUGGGUGUGGCAGAUGAGGGACUCAUUCAUUCUCUUUUAUUUAUUGUAUUUAUAGCAAAGGUGUUCCUAUUCUAUUGUUGUGUUUUGUUUGAUGGCAGGAUGAGCUACACAUGUAACUUCCACGACGCUUUACGUCUCAUAUCAUCUGUCUUGGUUAGUACUGUAUAUGUCAGCAGACUGGUGAAGAAGGGAUGUUCUGGACUUCCUGUCUGGAGGGACAAUUCCGGUCAGAUAAGUACAAAUCCAGAACAAGGUUUUGCUUCAACCAACCAAUUGAGUAUCACAGUCACAGAGUCCUCAACUGGUGGGUUGAAACAAAAUCUUGGUCUGGAGUUUUACUUUCUGGACCUGAACUUUCCACCUCUGCUCAGGUACAUCUGUCAUUCACAGUGUGCAAAUGGCCUGGCGCCCCCAUGCCAUCCCUCAGUUUCAGGAUCUAAUGUUUGCGAAAUCUCUAGAAAGUCUAAGGGUACCUUCCACCUGCUACUAAUGAGAAGAGAUCAGAUCCGAAUGUAUUUGGUGGAUGUCAAUCUACACAACACCGUAUGUUAAAUAAAUCAUUUUGAAGACAGUUUCUGCCUAAACAAAUGAUAGCAGCUUAACCAAACCAACCCAAAGUAAGCUGGAUCUGCAUUUAUCCUCAGGAUAGUUUCUCUGCUGACUAGAACUGGUUAACAUUUUCAUGAACUCUGUGUCUUUCAUAUAUUUUAUACAUGAGUGUGUGCAAGUGAGAAUACUGGAGCAAAUGCUAUUUUCUUGUCCUUGCAAAAUGCUUUAUAGCAUACAGGCACACCGGUAAUUAUUGACUAAAAUAAAACUAAACUUUAGGGUGGGACAUACAUCACUUGGUUAAAUGAACAAAGUAAACUUGACUGACCUAAAACUAAAUGGUCUGUGUUAUAAUCGUUGAGAUUAAUAAAUAUUUGAAUGUUCUGCAUGUGACAAUGGAAGAGCAAAUUGCCAAAACUCGCUCCAUCCAUUUUUUUGUUUGUUUUUGAGACCUAAAGUCAGACUUUCUUACCAUAUAUCACAGUAUUAGGAACCAAAAUUCACUCAGUCUUCAUGUAAUCGAAUAGAGAACUUUCAUCCAAUGUCCACAUCUAAGUAAAUCCACAAAAAUCUUCUCCAAAACGUAUCCCAUGGACUGAGAGAGAUUCGGAAAUUUGCUCUUCAACUGGCGUACUGGGAGAAGGGUUGUGUGAUCAGGGGCUUGUAGGAAGAGCAGAGGAGUGUGUCAACAGCAACCCCAGUCUGACAACUUCACGUGUUGAUAUGAAAAAUGCAGCCCCACCCCCCCAAAGGCCAAGUUUGUAACUGCAUAGCUGUAACUACCAAAAGGUGAAAAAGCAAAUAUUGCAUCAUAUUUAUCAAAGUGUAUAAAUGUUUGAUGCAACUGUUCUUUGGUGUUGUCACUUCCUGUGGGUAUUGGGGGUGUAACAUGCACAUAUAUUCCACAGCAAUCCGGCUACUUCAUUUCAUAAAAACAUUUUCCAGAACUGCUUCUACAGGAAACAGAGACACCAGGCAGAAAUUAUGGAGAUUUCAAGGUCUGCUGCUAAUAAAGUAAAUAUUGGGAAAUAGUCAUAUCUUUAGGGGAAUAACAUGUAUUUAUAUGAUGAUUCCAGGAACAGGUUUUGGAAAAUUACUAUAAUAUUUAAAAUAUUUACAUAUUAACUAUAAUGAUGUACAUAGUAUCUAUUUAUCAUAAAUUACAAUGGACAUGUUGCAGCCUUAACUGUGUAAUUGUAGAUGGUUUCAUUAUUGCGGUUCAAUCUAAUUAUAGGUCAUUAGGAUCAUUAGCCAUUUAAAACACAGUUAUUAAUGAAGGAACAGCUGUGGGGGGUGUCAGGAAAUUGUGGUUUAACUACAAUUUCAGGUGGAGGAAUUCAGUGCCACCAUCAUUUAUGCAUUCUCUGUGAGAUGAAUGUGCCCCCCCCUCCUAUGCCUGUGCCUUGUUCACAUGGUCCAAGGCUGAGGAAUGCAGGGGUUGGCCUGGUAGGGGAAAUCCGAGGAAUCUGCUAGCCAGAAAGAGCUUUGAAAUGCUGCUCAGCUGUUAAGGAAGUCAGCUUUUUGGCUCUGCAGGCAGAACCACAAGCAACCGGAGAACAGGGAGACCACACCACAGGGAUUCUCCCCCCCCCCCAGAACUUCACAAAUGCCCAACAGAAGGUGGGGUGCAACCAACCUGUUGCACAUUGUUGGGAUUUCAAACAUUGCAGUCAGAUCAGACAUGCCGCAAAAGCAUCUGGCUCAGAUUUUAGUAGUACUGCUUUUAAAAUGUCUGGCAGCAAGAAUAGAUGUGUGCUUAUCUCUCUUAACUUUAAAUAUGAUCUCUGAUUCCGCUCUACCCUUGCAUCCUUAGUUCUGUGCAAAUACAGUUGUGUCGUUCUUGAAUGAUCUGUUCUGUUUGAACAAAACUUUGAAGUGAAGGAAAUGAUUUUGGUCACUGCACCAAUUUCUUCAGUUGUUCAGUGAGUGAUUCAUUGUUCAGUUUGUUCAUGAAUGAGAUCAGUGUACUGGAUCGUGAACAAAUCGUUUAGCUGAACAAACUCUAAAAAAUAAAUUAGUUAAAAUGAA